UUACAUAAUAUUUUUAUUAUUAUUAUUUAAUUACAUAUGUGUUAAUUAAACACAACUCGGCGCAACGCGACAGUGCAAUAAUUAUAAAAAAACUGGAAAAUAACUCGUAGAAAGUGAACGACAAUAUAUCAUGUGAUGAUAUAGUUGCGUGUCUGAAACAAUAAGGUAAUUUUCUGUGGUGAAAUUCGCUAUAACAAUACUCGGUCUCGUUACACAUAGUGGAACUCGAAUUAAAUGUAGUAAGAUAAGUACGUUAUGGUGUAUCUUAUAAUUUUGGCGAUCAGUCGUUUCUGGUCUUUGUGCAAACAUGGUUCGAGUAAUACUUGUUUGGGCUAUCUGCUUGGGAGCCUGUGUGCCACGGUUUUUCACCGAAGCGGUACUUGCAGAUAAAUCGCCCAAAAAUGGUUCAAAAGUAGUGUUCGACGACAAAAAACAUGUACCUGACAGUCUGGCGGCAAGUCAAUUUCAAGUAAACGAAAUCGAUCACCGUCAACAGCAACACAAAGAUACCGGAAACCGUGUAUCCAGUAAAGUUCAAGCAGGUUACGAAGGAGACUAUUACUCUUCUGGCGGUGGCGGUCGAGUACAAAACUCUUACGGUCCUCCCACGGACGGUUACUAUUAUGAAGAAAGACCUCCAAAUCACUACAGGCCAAAUCAUCAACAGUCGUCGGACAAUUAUGGUUAUCACGGGCCACCACCUUUUGCAGCGGGAGGAGGAGGAGGAGGAGUAGGUGGGGUUUAUGGUGACAGUCCAGAAGUGUUCGAACUCGACAAACAACCGUUGGUAGUGCCUUUGGCCGGAAUAGCUUUGCUGGGCGCCUUGGCCGUUCUCAUAGGCAACCCUUUGCUGUUGCAUUUGGGUGCAGUGCGCAGGAGACGUGCAGCGGACGAGGACAAUGGCGUGUCAAUGACAGUAUCGAUGACAAAAUACUUGGAAAAGCUGAGCGACAAGGAAAGUUCAAACUGUUGGAUGUGCAACGUGGUGGCGAGCGUUUACGAUGGACAGUCCAUGUGCAUCGAGAGGUCCGUGUGCGAAGCCAUGUCUCUUAGCUCUCCAGAAUCCACGAUGGACAAGCAAGUGUUAAGCUCAAUGGUCGCUGAAGUACUGAAGAACAAAUACGUCCCAGCUCGUUUUAAAAGUCGACUAGAGUCGGCCGUGCUCAGCGGUAGGAUAACAAAAUCGUGCCGACAAUACACAUGCGGUGAAAUGUGAAAAUAAACAAAUACGGUUGCAUACAUUAUUUUAUAACACAGUAUAAUAUUUUUUUUUUUUUUGUAAUUGUACAUACGUUGAAAUACACAUUGCACAUUAAAAAAAAUUCGUCGACACA